ACAUUGUACAAUUGCGAUGUGGUAGUCGGAGCUACAGUGCUUUCGAGCGCGUGUACUUCAUGACACUUGCAACAGUUGCAGUUCGUGGAGGUCCGUACAUCGCCCCAUUGCUUUCCGUGAGCAUGGAUGAGUCUGGAGCCAGAGGCCAACGUCAGCAUCGAGACCUUCCUCCUCAGGCAAUGAAUGUUUCACCUGUAGCAUUGUCCCUGGCGGACGAGGGACCUAGUCCCGGAAGUGGGGCCGUGUCCUCAACGACACCUUCGUAUCGAGUUGCUUCCCAUCCCGAUGCCAGCUGUGAAGCAUCGACGAUCCAUGGCUUGCCCGGCACCGGCACAUUGUCAGGAGCGGCAACUAGUUUGGCGUUAGGUCGUCUGGGUGCCUUGGGCGCCCUUGGUGACACUCUGUGUGAUACGCUAUCUGCCCUACCUAAUCGGGCGCUUUCUGGCUGCAUUGAGACGAGCCAAGAUCCAUCGACGAUGAUGCUCAAGCUCCUGCACAUGUCGAUGUCGGAGGAAACGACAAACGACAAUAACCACCCCCGUGUUUCCGGUACUUCAUCGACCGCCACUGCCGUAAAGCGGACGCCACCAAGUGUUGCGUUUGCGAUCGGAACCUCGCAGCUGGAUUCCACGCAGCAGGACAACACACAGGUACAAACUCUAGCCGAUUCGACGGUGGCUCAAACCCUCGAUGCUGAUAGCGCGUCCUCGAACGAUAGCUUUACAAGGAACAGUUAUACGGUGUCUAGCCAAGGUGCGGGGACCGUUUCGAUGCUAUCAGUGGAAAAUGAGGAAGCGACAUUAGGUUCGGUGUUAUCCGAAAGGCAACAGACAGAUUUAGCUGGUCUUUCGGAAGCUGGAGGCGAUGGCGACACGGAUCCAGACGCCGCCGCCGACGCCAAGAACAGCGCGAACGUCCAAAACAAUCUGCACAACUUGCAGAGCGCGCUUAGACAACUCAUAAGGGAGGUGAAUCAGCAGCAGAAACAACAACAACAACAAACUGGAAAUCAUUCUCCGGGGGCGAAAGCUGCCGGCGUAUCUGUUGAUGACACUACAGCUGUGUCUGCAGGUGCAGUAGGAGCGGCCGCGUCGACCACGGGUGGACCUCCUGCUAGGCCACGGCUUACACCCAGUCUCGCGGUUCUGCAACAACAGCACAACAAUCGAUUAAUCGCCAAGAAAAAGGUGUUAGUAGCUGCAGCGGCAAUGUCCAGCAGGCAGAAGCAGUUGGCAAUGAUGCACCGACCAGGUCCAAUUGGUGGAACUCUCAGGGCGAAUAGAGUAGGCGCGGGUCAGCCUAUUGGAAGGACACACCAGUUCGCCGCUACGGGCCCACGCUCAUCAAUCGCCCACGCUUUAGCACAAUCCGUCAGUACGAACCAGCUACCCACCUUGUACACCGCUCACCCAGCAAAGCUGAAAGGUGGACUUGAGUUACGGAUCACGAUUCAGCCGGAAGAGCAACAUAGAGCCAGAUACCUGACGGAAGGGAGCCGAGGUGCUGUGAAAGACAGGACAGGGAACGCCUUUCCUACAGUAAAGAUUUCUGGCACAACUCAAGGCGGACGCCUGUUAGUAUUUAUCGGAAGUGAUCAGGGACGAGCUGUCCCUCAUAUGUUUUAUCAGGCCAGCAAGGUUUGUGGCAAGAAUGCAAGUCCAUGUGAGGAGCUACGUAUUGAUGGAACCACGGUCAUCCAAGUCGCAAUACCACAGCAAACGGCCGCAGCUGGCCAGCUCUCAGCCUCCUGCCGGGAACUGGCAAUAGAUUGUGUCGGCAUUCUCAAAGAGCGGAACGUGGAUGUGGAAAAGCGCUUGGCACGUUACGGAAAUCUAUUGCCUUUAUCAGCCCUCGCUGAGAACGCUACAUCCAGUAAGAAGAGGAGCACUCGUUGUCGUCUUGUCUUCAGAGUGAUUCUUGACAGUGGAGAAACGCUUCAAACGUCUUCAGCGCCUAUACUUUGUACUCAACCUCCUGGUGCGCCUGAAAUUUGCAAGAAGUCAUUACGUGCGGCGCCGUGCGACGGAGGAACACCAGAUACAGAAUUGUUCAUUAUCGGGAAGAACUUCCUUAAAGACACCAAAGUUGUCCUCCGUGAGGCAUUCCCCCGAGUCGAAGCGUGGAAACAGCUUCAAAUUCGAAUUUGCCUCGACUCAUGGAACAGUAGCAAAGUUGAGGCCAACCACGCAAAAGGGCGACCUCGGGUGGGUGCGGACGGCAGGGUCACGUGGCAAAGUAGCAUUACUCCGGAAAAAGAAUACCUGCAGGCGACCCACCUGGUUUGCCGGAUACCCCCUUAUUCCCAUCUGGAUAUCAGCAAGCCUGUCAGUGUGGAAAUGGUUAUAACAAGCGGAGGCCGCUGUUCCGACCCAUCAUCAUUUGUCUAUAUGCCGCUCGAUGGAAACAGUUGCGUUGGCCUAUGCGGAGCGACCGGCCAAAGUUUGCCCUCUUGCCAAAUACAGUCGACAUCACAACUUGCUCAGCAAUCUGUUACACAGUCGUCUGCUCAACAAACACCACAACAGCAACAACAACAGCAGCAGCAACAGCAGUCUCAGCCAUCAGAAAAGGGCACUGCCACUCAACUUCAGACAGCAAAUUCGAUGCUUGGUUGUCCAAAACAAGAAAAUUCGACUGCUUCAGGAAGCGCUGCGAGCGCGGCGACGAUUAGCAGUGCACCGACCAUACUGCAGAUCCCUGUGAUGCCGGGCGCAUCAACCGGAUCAGUAGACACGGUAAACACAGUCAGUUCUGCCGCUUCCGGUUCCACUACGACGCCUUCGCCAACGAUUCAGUUUGUCGUGGUUCCGGCAGGUACAGGGCAGGCUCAAGCGGUCCUAAGCCUUUUGACUGGUGGUGCGAACCACCAGGUAUCCGCGCCUCUUCAGGGAGUCGUGGCGGCGUCGGAAUCCUUGGGACGAGUGGUGGCAGCGGCGAGCCCGACAAACAAUUUGACGUUCGCUUCUCCUGAAUCAGUAGGAUCCGCUAGUCCAUGUGAGGUGACUACGACGCCCUCUAUAGCGGGAUGCGCUUUGGGCGACAACGGAAUUAAGAGAAAGAUCUCAACAGAGGAUAUCAAGCCAGUGAUCGAUGGAGGUAUGAUUGUGGGCGACUUUGUCACCUCGCCUGAACCAGAAUCAACUACAAUUGCUCCCGUCACGGUUCAGACCCAUACAAGUUGGGCCUCCGUUCAUUCUUCUCCGCCAGACAUGCAGCAGGCUGUGUGGGCUGACACUAAACAGCCGAUGUCAGCUACCGACCAAGCUGCUAUCCAGCACAUUGCGACAUCCCUGGCAGCUAGCGCUCAAAAGGUCGAAGAAGCCACAGAAGACCUACACACAAAGAAGCAAAAGGUUCUCCUUCAGGACCAUCCUCAUUCCGACCAUCUUUCGCUUGAAUCUCCAUCAGCAAGUUCGGACAACGUUCAGAUGAGUCCCGGUCCACCUUCUAGCAAUGUUGUUCAACCAAUGUUGUGCCAGCCAACGGCGAUGGCAACGGAGGAUAGUCCUGGUGGCCAAAGCCCUGGUUCGCAACAGACAAACAUUGUCUCGGAAUUUUUGGCCGCUAGUCAACAACACGAACAACAAAAACAACAACAACAGCAGCAGCAACAGUCACAGCAACAACAGCAACCGGCGCAGCAAGAUAUCGUGCCAUCCACCCCUGUGACAUUCAUGAACUCAUUCUCCUCGAACGUUACUUCUAUAGGGACAAAUUUCGCCGGUACCAGGGAGCUGCUCCAACAUGUUUCCCAAGUACAGCCAUCGUUCGGGAAUACAGUCGCUUCAGCCGCGAACGGGUCAGCAGAGCAGAAAUCUUCUCAACAACAGCAGCAACAGCAUUUUGCAGAAGCUUUCUCGACUGCACAAAACCAAAUGACCGGAUCCCCGAUGCGAACACAAAGUCAAGCCCAACAAAACAAUGGGUUUCCCAAUUUUGCCAGUACCCCAUCUUCGACAAGCUCCGUGCAGAGUGGCGCUGCGGGGAGCUCUCCGUUCCAGCCGCCACCUGCCGAUGCAUCUAGUUCACCCCAUAGUCAAUUCUCAACAAGCUCGAUGCAGACACCUCCAUCAUUUCCAGGUCAACAGCCAUCGGGUGGACCGCCGUCAAACGGAAGUCCGCCUGCCCCAGGGUCUCAACCUGUACAACAGGUAGCCAGUGUACCCCAGCCAACUCCAUCAUUUGGAGACGUGUUCAGCCAGUUGGCGGUGACGAAUCAGUUUACGGGAGCUGGCGCCGGAGGACCUGUUACAGGGGUUUCGACCGUGACGCCUAUGGACUGCCAGUCGUUUGCGCCUCCGGAGAUUCCAAUGAAUGUGGAUAGUCCCGUGACAUCGGCCACUGCCUGUUCGAAUGGGACGAGCCCAGCUACGAAUGGUCAACAGCAACAGCAGCAAUCACAUUCAUCAGUUUUUGUUCAGUCACAACAGCAACAACUCCAGCAAGCCAACGUUGUUGUUCAGCCAGGUCCUGUAGUUUCGCCAGUUAACCAUCAAAUGAGGCUUGCGUCGCCGAUAACUAACGGUACUAUGCAACAAUCCCCAGCCGGUCAAAAUUUUACUGAUCAUUCGAUGAACAAUUUGCAGUCAGCGUUGACACCAGGAGGUCAUACGGCAUCCUCCGUUACACAAAAUGGCGGGUCCCCGGGUACGAUUCAACACCACAGCCCAGGUGGCGGUACCGUCAAUACCGGUCAACUACAGCACGGGUUUAGGCCGUCAUCAGCCGGGACACUGGGCAUACCUGCUAGCCAGAAAAUGGAUAUGGACCAAUUUGUUUCACCUGUACAGGUUCAAGUGAGUGAGUCGCAGGCUGUCAGUAAUGUGAGUUUAGCUAACCAAUUAUUCACCACAACUGGAAUAGCUUUCCCAGCAACGGCUGGGAGCUCACAAGCGGCUCCACAGCAAGCCGUAGUCAAUGGAGGGCAAGCUGUAAUCCCGAAUGGGACGCAAAGUGGUCAGCCUCUGUUCAACCAGCCAUUGGCAAACGCGGGCGAGAUGCAAAAGGCCAACGGGCCUAUGAUCACAAUGGAUACGUCAUUGAGUCACCCCGCGAAGCAGGCGAACUCCCUACAGACGUCAAACCGAAACGCGGUCCAAAAGAUGCACCAACAACACGUCUUGCAGCAGGCUGUUCCUAACCAAGCUCCUCCGCAACAGCAGCAGGUAGUGGUAACUCAGCAGAUGGACUGCCAGCUACAGUCAAUGUCGAUGCUUCCGGAGAGCGAAUUGAUCCGCAUCAUCAAUCCGGAUAAUUUCGCAUCAGCAUCAAUCCAGGUACAAUCUGGUGUUCAACUAUCGACCAUGACUUCAACGCUAAUGGAGGCAACAGCGUCGUCGCCCGCAGUGAACGUUGCAGCUCGCCACGACCAACCGAUGCAACAGGGCGGUCCUGAACAGGCCCUUUUCUGAAGGCCGAAUGGUCACACUGCGCAGAAAUAAGACUGCGUACAAUUCAGAAAGCAGCCUUUAUAAUUUUAGGGUCUGUCAAGCCAACAUUAGCCCUCCAAAGAAAGAAGAAAGUCCUCCAACAAAGCCACGUAUGCUGUAUAUACUAUAAUCAGCUGUAUGCUAAAAGCAGAUAGUGUACCUGAGACAAAUCCAUUAGGUGUCGCUAAGAAUCGUCGUCAUCAGUAGCAAAAGUUAUAAUCAUUAUUGUCAUUGUACUAGAAUACGAUAACCAUUCUUGCUAAACAUACGAUGUAUAAAAAUUAUCACAAGUAACAAUACAUCGACGGCCCGCGUAUUUUAAACGUGUCAACACCACAGUAAUCUAGUCUUGAAGCACAGAGGGCACGAAUGAUACGUUCUUUCCUGUAUAUUGUGUGAUGCUAGCACCGGCAUUGGUGGCACCCGAAACAGAUUGUCUCUAACGGUUUCAAGCACCAGUGACUGGCAAGCUGAUUUAUGGGGCUAUUUAUCAUGAUAUUCAAAUACAACGUUUUUAACCUGAAGUGGAAGGAACCCGUACAAAGAAAAACGAAGCCCGCAUAAUCUGUAUGUGUUUUAGCGAGAAACCCGUUCACAUAAUCUGUAUACUGCUGCUUCGUUUGGUAUAUAAAUAAGGCACGUGCGUAUAACGGCAAUGGUAAACCGCUACGAAGCCAGUAAAGGUCCGGAACAAGCCGAAAAGUACUCUAUUCGAGAAAAAAAAAGCUUAAAAUGUCGUUGUAAUUAUGGAUUUCAAGAACUUCGAAAUUUUUUGUCAGACGGUUGGCUGCCGCUUAGUAGGGAGCGAGCAAGAAAUGGAGGACAAUACAGAAGGAAACUAUUAGUAAAGCGAUCUGCAACUGCCAGGCUGUCUGGCGACCUAACCUUUGAGAUCGAGCAUGUCGAUUACAUGCCGUACAUACGAUCUCGUGGUAAAGAAUCAAUCUCGUCUUAUUUGCGACCUCUCGUUUUAUGAUAAACUUUAUCGCUUUAUAUCAACUGAUUAGUGGAAAAAAGCAAAACGUAUGGGCAUUUUCGCAUAGUUUUUAACCAUCAAACGAGCACGAAUCUUUAUAUUUUAAAAGUUCACUAACAACGGGCGCCCAACGGGCACAUGUGAUUGAGCCGUGUAGUAUAGGUACAACGUUUAUAAUAGAUUGGUAGAAAAGUGGAGAGGACUGACUGCGGGUAGAUCGGGAUCACGAGGAAAAAGACGAAGACGAAAAUCUCUUGUAUGUUUGAUACCGUUACACCUAUUUAGAAUGAGAGGCGAACACUUAGAUCCAUAGUAUACUCGGUUCGUGCAAAUUUAAUGUGUUUCUGUUCAUUGGUUUCCUUUUUUAGUACUUUGUUUGUUGAGGAGCACCCGUCACAAAACGUUGAUAACCAUUGGUUAUCACAAACUUCUUUAAAAACCUUAAGAUAUAAAUAUAUCGAACGGCAAACAAAAAUAGUUUCAAAAUCACUCGCUUUAUAUUGCAUUCUUUUAGUUUUUCUCAGUAUAAACUGUAGGUAGAACAAAUCCAGUACCUCUUUCAGUCAACGAUAUCGUCCUUGAGCUUGGCAAGUCGCGUAUUCUGUGUAGUAAUACCAGCCACAGAGCCAUCGUAGUGCAAGCUGCAACGGCUCCGAGUCUUUUUGUUAGCCUUUUUCUUGGUAAGAGCCGGCUAAGAGUCUAAAAGGAUCGUUUUCUUUGUCACCAGAAGUACCUAUUGUUGAGUUCGACGAACCUGAUGUAAAAUUCUAUUAUCUUCCUCGGCACAAAGUGAUGACGAGGGGGUUAUUGGGCAAAGAAAAAUGCCAUAUAUUAAAUGGGAGUCAGUAAACAGGCACUGAAAAACGGCCUUUACCUGUGCAUCAAUCGAAAACGUUUAAUAGAAGUUAGACGUCGACAAUACGUGAAUAUAUCGAGUAGCACAUUGGUUAUAGGCACUUAGCGGAGACCGUGGACACUAUCUGCGCAUGUACAUGUACAUGUACAUAAAGGCAGUCCAUAAGCAUAUUACGACUAGUAACAUUUUACCUAGCUCAGUCGUAUAUAACACAGUACGAAUAACUGUACGAGAAUAGCUAUGCUUCUCCAUGUGAGAAGCAGAGUAAACACAGGCGCGUCGAGCUUUCGCAAGUUUCAACCUCAUAUAUAUAUAUAUACAUCUUUUUGCGUUGAUGGGUUGAGCAGACAUACGAGCGCGUCGUUAUUGUUAUCCUUCUAAAUGAGACCUUAUCAUGGACAAAAACAAAGCAGCUUCUCAUAUUGUAUAUUAUUCGUAUAUGACGCACGUGCUUUCCCGACGUCUUUUAUCAAUCCACUGAAGAUAAUUGCUUGUGAAAAAUUUCGGUCCGCAUACGAUUUAGGCAAACGUACGACUAAUCAGGAUUGAUUUUGAAAGAUUUUUUUAGCAGCGUUUACGACAAAAACUAGGGACUUGCAAGUAACGCCUGCCGCGCUGCUUGGCACAUUUGCGCACGAUCUCUUGCUCAGACGAGCGUUGGCGUAAUAAAACAGGCACUCUAAUUAAUUAUUGUUGCUACAACCUGCAGGCUCAGUGCCCUAAGGAAUUCUGAGUUAGCUCUGCACCAAUAUCCUUCACACAACAUAUAAAUACGUAUAUGGUAUUUUGAAUACAAGUGUUUUUGAACGACAUUACGUUUCCAUAAAAAUCGCGUUUCCUGGAAGAGGGGUUCGACCUUAUGAAUGAAUCGGCUUGUUGCAACGCUAAACGUGCAAUAUGUAUUUUUGUGUUCUGUGGGAGUACGACGAGAGUAUUUUUUCGACGAUAAUAUAUAACGAUUCAUGAUAGAAGACAGGAGAUUUUCCCAAAGAUACUACUAGCGACAGCACAGUAUGUUUCUAUCAGACUAACUACUCAUACACAAAUGUCAAUAGCUACUAACGGAGGUACAGGUGACUGAACGUCCGCAUCAGCGGGCGACGAUGGGAUAGAUCGAGCGAAGGGAAAUGCUUGUUGAUCGACCGCGAAACGCGCAGCUUGUGCGCUGAAGGUAGCUUCUUGCCAUGAUCCUGCUAGACCUAUGUCAGAUAUACUUCAAAGCGACCUAAACAAGCGAUGCUAUCGGCGCAAGUAUUUUCUAAUACCCUUAAGUGUAUUCAUCAUUAAUAUCGAUAUGAGAGCUUUGCUCGAUCACUAACGAUUGAUAGAAAAAGUCGGUAAAUAAUAAAUUUUUAAUAAGAAAUUUUGCAAGUGUGUGCACGUAACACACAGAUUAGGUAGGUAAACGCCUUGCGACAAUGGUUACGCCAACCGUAUUCUAACAAUAUAGCCCGUGCGAAUGUAUAGGUGCGAUGAAGCAUGCGUGAGAUGGAUAGGACGCAAAGCAGGAUGCCCCUUUGUGUAUGAACACACGGACAGAUGAAUAUCGAAGUGGUGGCUCGCCCGUGACAAAGCAAACGGACGCACAGGUAGCGGGGGGACAAGAGUGUCCCGUAGUUCCCCUGGACUAAAAUCUCGUUUCGCGAAGACAGGCACAAGAAACAAGAUAGUCAUUAAUAAUAGCCCAUUAAAUAUAUGUUGCCGCUUUUCGCCGGUGUCAGCGUCGAGCGACAUGCAACGGUUCGCUUUGAGCAAAUGCUUGUAGUCACAAAUGUACUCGCUAUGAGAACCUUAAUAUAAUAAUGCGUAAUGUAAAAACGUAAUGAGAUUAAAAUCAGUAGUAACAGCAGCGCAAAGGAUACAGUCAUACAAACGUUAGCAGCGAUGAGACCGAAUGGGGGUCUCAGGGGCGGUUUUUCGCCUUUUCUUGAUCGAGCGAAAACUAGUGUUUCUCUUCGCCGUAACGAGGCUAUCGGUUUGAGUUCUCGUAAUUUGUUAAAAGUUGUCCACAUAUCCGGAGUGUGUCACCUCUGUUCGAACGAUCGGGCCCCCAUGACCUGUUCCUGGUUUGGGGCUCGCCAGAGUAGAAGGUUUUGCAGCCGUCAUAAUUUGCAACGAUUUUUUUGCAUUAAACAACUGUUUGCUAAGGUCUGUCCGUACCCGAUUCUCAGCUUGUACUGCGAUGUAACAUUUACGUUCUAACAUAUGUAUCUAGGACAAAAACUCCUCUCUUAAUUGAUAUAUUUUCAUGAUAACAACAACAGCACUAUUGAUACAAGAAGGCGUAAUGCUAGUCCUACUAACAAUAGUAACCAUGUACAUUUUCGAUUCAUUCAAGGUAGUUCUGGUCUCUGUGAGACUGGCGGGCUAGGCCCCCUUGUUAUUCAAUGUGUAAAUACGACCUUAAUUAACUAUAUAUCGGCAAGCAAGACCGCCAAAACUCGACGAGGAUGUAUUAUCUCUCAAUGUAAAUAUAUAUAUAUAUAUAUAUAUAAUAGAGAGACAUAUAAACACGUAACAUUAUCCACCGAUAAUGUUGAAGCCAGGCAAAGAAGCAUACCGGAUAUACAAAUAUCAUUCAUAAAUGUGACAACAAUAAAGAAAAAACUGCAAAAUAAAUGUCAGACGUUGUAAUAGCGCAGUUGCAUUGUGUUGAAAGUUGACAACGUA